AUGUUUCACUUGAGCCAGAAUGUUUGCAUUUGUUCCACUAUUAUAAUGUCCCUACAUAAAGAAUUGCACAGAAAAUACAUUCAGGAGUUGGACAGCCACAAGGAUGAUUACGCCUAUUGGUUGACUGAGCAUUUGAGGAUGAAUGGCCUCUACUGGGGUAUCACCGCCCUAUUCACAUUGAAAUAUGAGGAUACUUUCAAUAAGGAGGAAGUCAUAGACUUUGUGCUGAGUUGCUGGGAUGAUUUACACGGAGGUUUUGGUGCAUUCCCUCGACAUGACAGUCACAUUUUAUCUACCCUUUCAGCUGUUCAGAUACUCAAGACUUACGGUCAGCUGGAUAUAUUACCUGCCACAAAACGGGACAAACUUGUCACAUUUGUUAAAGGGUUGCAAUUGAAAGACGGCUCUUUUGAAGGUGAUAGAUUUGGUGAGGUGGAUACCAGGUUUGUGUAUACUGGACUGAGCUGUUUAUCUAUACUAGGAGAACUGACCCCCGAAGUGGUGGACCCAGCAGUGGAAUUUAUUGCUCAGUGCAGCAAUUUCGAUGGAGCUUACGGAAUGGUUCCAGGGGCAGAAAGCCACGCUGCGCAAGUGUUUGUUUGCGUUGCCGCAUUAGCCAUCGCCAAUCGGUUGGAUCUUGUAAAUAAAGACAUGUUGAUCCCAUGGUUGUCCGAAAGACAGGUAAAAGGAGGAGGAUUGAAUGGCAGACCUGAGAAACUACCAGAUGUAUGCUAUUCCUGGUGGGUCUUGUCAUCAUUGAGCAUUUUGCAAAGUCUGUAUUGCAUAGAUCAGGAAGCAUUGAGGCAGUUUAUUUACACAUGUCAAGACGCCGUAAACGGUGGUAUCUCAGAUCGACCAGAUAACCAGACUGAUGUAUAUCAUACAUUAUUUGGGAUCGCAGGCUUAAGUUUAAUGGGUUUUGAUGAUUUGGAACCAAUAGAUCCUGUUUAUUGCAUGCCGAAGCGAAUAGUCCUAACAAUCGAGAAGUAUGGUAGAGAGUAA